CCCAUGCGAAAAAAAAAAUUUGACAAAGGAUACGGAAAUGAUAAUUCGACACGACAAUAAUAUUUGUGAUUAAAGGAAAUUCGAUUAUACGAGGCCAGGCAAUUGCUUUUUAAUUUGGGAAAAAUUGGCAAUUAAAUAAGAAAAGUGUUUUUCCAAAGAAGUUAUACGAAGUAAUAAAGCAAAGGCAAUUUUUAAAGAGCAGCAAAUUUGGGAAAGUGUUUGAAAUUGAAUUACAAAGUUUUUCGUAACUAAAUUUAUGUUUGAGUGAGUUUGCUUUGAAGCCAAGAGGCUUGUCUUGUGAUUUUCAAAGGCCGAGACAAUAACGAAAAAGGCUUCCAUCAUCGGAGUUUGUACAAAAAUGGCAUCGAGUUAAAUACCAUUACCGGAGGUAACAGCUGCUGCGAAUAUAAAAAUGGCCAUUGUUUUGGUUCCAUGAUGCUACAGCUUAUAGCCAACAUACGUGAGUAAGUGUGUGCGUGAGUACAUGCAUGCAUGUGACACAUAUCCAAAAAAACGGAACUACAAAACGUAACCACAAGCAAACAGAGUUUGAAGAAAAGCAAAAAAAAAAAAAAAAAAAAAAGAAACAAAUACCAGGAAUUAUAAAAUAAUAACAAUAAAAAUGAAGAGCUGCAACUCCAGUUGUUACAAAGUCAUAAACAUUUCCAAAGGACAAGCCAAGCAUGAACGAUGUAAUGAUAGAACAUUAGCUUUGACAACUACAAGAACAGUAACAACAGCAACUAUGAGCAAAAUAGUUACAAAAUAAAGGCAUUUAUUAAGGUACGAAAAAAAGCAAAAGGAGAAGACGAGGGAGACAAAUAAGUGGCACACAAUUCCAAAAAGGAUAAACGCAUUAAAAAGAGCAGAGCGACGACCAUGAUGCCCAGUACCACAAUAAUAAAUAUGACAAUUUUAAGUAAGUGAAGGCGGAAACAGCUGGAAGAAAUCGAAUAAUAAAAGGAAGACAAAACCAACCAUUGGCAUCCCAUAGCUGUUGCCAUAGAAUUAAAGUGCCAGAGAGCCCAAAGGGAUUCCGAGUUACAAUUGCCAUUAAUCCACUUCAAAUAUAUAUGGGAAUAUCACUGCAGUGAACUCCAGCUUACGUAUAACAAACAAGAAAGUGGAAGGGAGAGAGAGAGAGAGAGUGAGAGAGAGAGAGAAGAGAAAAGAUUUAACUUCAAGUGUAACUGACUUCCAACACAGUGGGUGUUUGCCAGUUGGCCAAGACUUCAACGGCAAGUGUCGAAAAAGAAGAAGAGGAAUAGAAAAACGCUACACAAUGUUGCGGUUGCAUUAAUAACAAUCAUCCUUGUCAGCCACAGUGACAGCUACCCUGUGGCGCCUGGCUCAACAACACCCGCCAACGCACUAAAGGAUAUGCAAUACAAAGAAAUCCUGCAAAUCUAAUUUACUUCCUGGGAAAUUUUUUUGUACUAUCGUCUGUAUUCCACUUUCCCACUCUCAAAUCGAUAACACAGGCAACGGAGAGAAGAAAAAUAGCCAAAAGAGGAGGAAGAAGAAAUUUUUUCGUGGUGGUGGUCUACAAAUAGUUGGCUUCGCUAAUCUUGACACCAAUAGCCACCACUCGCAUUGUAAUGUGGCGCGAUAUAUUUUUAUAUUUAACACUCAUUGUUUUAUUUUUCUUUAUUUUCUUGGCACAAUUAAUUGUCAACGUUUAUGCCUUUCAACGUCAGCCGCCGGUGCCCAAGCCCAAUUCAGAGCGUAAUGAGAUAAUUUUCGUUUAAAGCCGACACCAUUUAGCCAGCUGAAAAGAAGCGCCUUAAUUGUCUAAUAAAAACGAUGAAAAGAAAAAUUACAAAGAAAACAGCUAAACAUCGACCUGGCAGGUGGAAAAUGUUAAACAGCUACACAACCUAGCUUUUUGAAUGGAAAGAAAGAAUGGAAGUAGAACAGGCAACAUUAUACACAAACACACACGAAAGUUUUACACAUUAUUUCAUAAAGUAUUCAUAAAAAUGUAACAAAAAAACAGACAAACAACAAGCCAACUGAAAACGCUGUUCUUUCCUUUCACAAAAAAAAAAAACUUUCCAUUUUGAAAAAGAUAACAUUUGUAAUGAAAGUUGGCAUUUUGUUUCCUCUAUCAAAUGGCUAAUUAAAAGUGUGAAAGUUCUAAUGAAAAUGGGAAAGAAGAGGAAAAAGACAGAUGAGUUACUGUAACUUUCCUUGGAAUGCCAAUGAAGGGGAGAGUGAGAGAGCGACAACGACAUUUGUCAUAAAUGGCCAACUUGGUGUUACUGCGUUCAACAGGCAGACAAGCUGGCAGGCAACAAAUAAAGGUCCUUGCCAUGUCAUUAGCAAAAAACGAAAGAACGACUGAACUUUAUGAUAAUUUAUGUCACACCAAAAUGUCAAACGGAAGUUGAAAAGUAUAAUUAACUUUAAAUAAAUAAUAAAACAGGAGAGAAAACGAAUUAUGUAAUCUCGAUAAGGCAGCAACCACAAAACAAAAUGGAAAAUUGAAAAUGUAAUCGAAAAACCCGAAUACACCCACACAGUUAUGCACACAAUUAAAUUGUGUUGUUGUACAGCUAGAAUUUAAGAG